AUGGGACUCGACUAUAUUCUGGUACAUGUCACCUAUAAUAUACCCUUAGCGGGGAUCCUGACUCUGGUUUACUGGCCUUUCAUGACACGUCUGGACUGGCAAAAGAUUUCCACCCUCGUCAUUAUAUCCCUGGUCGCUACCAUUCCUUGGGACUCGUACCUGGUGCGUCAUCGCAUUUGGACGUACGCCCCUAAUGGAGUUAUAGGCUGGACACUAUACGAUAUCCCAUCAGAAGAGGUGUUUUUUUUUAUCAUCCAAACGUAUAAUACCAGCUUGGUAUAUUUAAUUCUAACCCGGUGGCUUGUGCUGCCGAUGUAUUUGGGUACUGUCGCACGAAAGGAAACCCUAAUUGGAGCUUCCAUACUUCUCCUUGCUAUUUCCGUUGGGCUUAUCGCAUUGUGCUUUGGAGAUCAUUUCACUUAUUUUGGUAUGAUCAUCACAUGGGCUGGUCCUUUUCUUCUCAUACAAUGGGUAUUCUCGUCUGGUUUCAUUAUAGCACUUCCCAAAUUGGAGCUUAUGGUAUCCAUUACGCUUCCCACUCUCUUCCUAUGGACAGUAGACACAAUUUCUAUCAAUCAAGGAACUUGGACUGUUGAAGCGCCGACCAAACUAGGCGUUCAGCUAUGGAGUGGUAUGGAUAUAGAGGAAGUGCUCUUCUUCCUUAUCACCAACAUAGUGAUCGUUUUCGGUCUAGUAUGUAUUGAUUAUGCUAUCGCGAUGGCAACCUGUGAACUAGUGCAAUCACCGCAAGCAGUCCAAAGCUUCCCGUCAUAUUUCCGGGUCCUAGCACGAUUUGUGACCAACAAAUACCAUCCAGACAAACAAUUCGUGGCUAGUCUGCGAAAGGCAGUUGACCGUCUCGCAGCCUCCAGCCAAAGCAUGUACAUGGGAAGUGCCAUGUUUCAGGGACCGUUCCGGAUUGAUCUAAUCUUGCUAUACUCGUUCUUCCGAGUAGCAGACGACCUAGUCGACGAAUCCCAAGACACCGAAAGCGCACGCAUGAUAAUUGAGCAAUGCGAUCAGCUUCUCGAAGCUAAGUUUUCUCACCCAGAACUAUUUCCAUUCUCGCCUGGCUACCAAGAGGCUAAACAUCCUGCACCUCCAGAGCUUAUCGCAGCUAUUGACAGUCUUCCCGUCUCCCGAUUGCGGCUCGAGCAUCUAAAAGGUCUCAUCGAGGGCUUCCGGACGGAUCUUACAUUCAGCGCCAAACCUGGGUCCUUCCCUUUCGUCACAGAAUCUGAUCUUGAUACCUAUGCUUAUCACGUCGCUAGUUCGGUAGCGGCAUCCAUGUUAGGUCUGGUCGUUCAUCAUUUUCCGGAUCAUCAAUUUGCAAUCAACGUGUUUCUUCGUCGUCGCGUUGUAGAUGCAGGUGAAAGGAUGGGCCAGACCCUUCAGUAUAUCAAUGUAGCCCGUGAUAUUGCUCGUGAUGCUGCCAUUAACCGGGUAUAUCUACCUACGACAUGGCUGAAGCAACAGGGGUUGGGUCCUGAAGAUGUGCUUGCCUCCCCUACAGAUUCUCGAUUAGAGUUGGUGCGGGAUAGACUACUUGAUAGGGCGGAAUUCCUCAGUGCUUCAGCUCGGGAGGAGAUGAAAUUUCUGCCUGAUGAAGUUCAAGGGCCUUUUCUUGCGACCGUUGAUAGUUACCUGGAGAUAGGGGCAGCUUUGAGAAGAGGUAUGAGGCCGAGAACCCUCGAUGACAAGCUAAGGCUUCCACUAGGAACACGCUUGUGGGUUGCUUAUCGGGCUAUGGCUUGGAGAAAGUAG